AUGCCCGAGGGCAUGUUGGCCGCUUUCGACUUUCAUAUCAUCAUUCUCCAGGAUGUCGACGAGGGUAAUGCAUUCGCCGCCCUUGAUGAUGACAUGUUCGAGAACGCCAUCGCCGACAUCCAGGCUGGCCGGGCCAGGCCGAGUAACACGACAUCAGUACCCCGGGUUUGUUGGCCCUGGGGUUGGGCAAUCUGA